UGGAGGAGCUCAGGCAGCAGCAGUGACUCAUCAUGUCAAAGGUGGCCAAGUCCCGUGCUGUAAUCAUCGCCAUCGCAGAGUUUCACAUGCGACCGGGGGGCAAUGGUAUUGCAUUAGAUCCCCGGAAAGGUGUCAAAUAUGACCUAAAACGUCUUCACAAAGUACUUAGUGGUCUUGGAUUUGCAGUGUCUCUCCAUACAGAUGUCAGCGCCAGUGAGAUCAGAGAAAUCUAUCAGAAAGAGAGUAAGAAGCCACAAGGCGAUUGUUUCAUCAGCAUCCUCUCCACCCAUGGUGAAGAAGGCAUCAUAUAUGACUUUUAUGGUGAACCUGUUCUGCUGAGAGACCUCUACAGCUGGAUCUCUCCACACAACAGCCCAGCACUGAGUGGAAUACCCAAACUAUUUUUUAUACAGGCAUGCCGAGGAAACAAACUAGAUGAAGGCACAAAUCUCGAGACUGACAGUGCCCCAGCGCAGAUGAGUGUCUUCUCUCACAUUGACCAUCUCCCAAGAGAUACUAUGGUCAUGUUUGCAAGCAGUGAAGGUUAUGCCGCGUUCAAUAAUCCCUCAGGCUCCUUCUUCCUAAAGGCAUUAUGUGAGUUGCUAAGUGGGAGUGAAAAGGAUCUUGAACUGACUCAGCUACUUACCCGCCUUGCUUAUUGGGUGGCCUACAAUUUUGAGAGUAACGGGAAGAAUGGAGGUUUCAAAGAGAUGCCAUGCUACAUUACAAACCUUACUAGAGAACUGUACCCAUUCCGGACGUAGAGGACAACUGGUCUUCUGUUGGACUUAUAACUUUACAGCUUGCAAUAGCUGUCCAGCCAUACAGAGCUAUAGCCAGGGGAUCAUGCGCCCCAGGUGUUAGAUGCAAGGGAUGGGCAUAAGAAUUUAGCCACAGGGCUAAGGCCACAGACUGUAUCUGCAGCUAUACUGACAGGUGAACAACAGUCUAGAGGGCCCACAUCUUACCAAGAUUAAACUGCUGUUGCAUUGCCAGAGGACAUGUGAUGAACAACAAUCUGAAAGACUACUAAAGUGUACAAUGGAUCGCUGGAUGUACGUAGAUGUUGAGAAAAAGUUAGAUUUCAAAUCAACAUCUGCUGCCUAUACAGA